AGCUGCUUCAAUUAAUUUUCCUAAUCGCAAUGAAUCGGGUAUGGUUAGUGAAGCAGUACCUGUCCUGUAUCGGGCACCAGAGUUUUCUUCAUACCAUCCUGCAUACAGCAGUGCUGCAGAUCUUUGGGUGGUCGGUUGCAUCUUAGCCGAGUCAUUGGCUACGAAACCUAUCAUACAGACACUUCAAGUGGAAGAACACUGCAACCCGUAUAAUAAACACGGCAGAAGAAAGAAUUUUAAAGGUUUUCCACCAUCAUCAUUGACGUUAUUGAAAACUCUUCUGGCAGAUAAUCCAGUUGCACGACAAUCUGCUUCUGCUGCAUUGGCAAAUAAAGUAAUGUUCCCACAGUUUUGUUAUUCCAAACUUCCCACAAUCAUUAAUAUUCCAUCAUGA